GCGGCGGCGGCGGCGGAGCUGGGCAGGUGGAUGCGGCUGGAAGAUGGCGCCCUCGGGCCCCGGCAGCGUUAGGCGGCGGUGCCGGCGGGUGCUGUACUGGAUCCCGGUGGUGUUCAUCAGCCUCCUGCUCGGCUGGUCCUACUACGCCUACGCCAUCCAGCUGUGCAUAGUAUCCAUGGAAAACAUUGGAGAACAAGUUGUGUGCCUGAUUGCUUAUCAUCUACUUUUCGCAAUGUUUGUCUGGUCAUAUUGGAAAACUAUCUUUACGUUACCAAUGAAUCCUUCAAAAGAAUUCCACCUGUCUUACGCAGAGAAAGAACUGCUGGAGAGAGAGCCCAGAGGAGAAGCCCAUCAGGAAGUUCUCAGACGAGCAGCCAAGGACCUUCCCAUCUACACCAGGACCAUGUCUGGAGCAAUCCGCUAUUGUGACAGAUGCCAACUCAUAAAACCAGACCGCUGCCAUCACUGUUCCGUCUGUGAUAAAUGUAUUUUGAAGAUGGAUCAUCAUUGCCCAUGGGUGAACAAUUGUGUUGGAUUUUCAAAUUAUAAAUUUUUCCUCCUUUUCUUGGCUUAUUCUCUGCUGUACUGCGUUUUUAUUGCUGCUACAGAUUUACAGUAUUUUAUCAAAUUUUGGACCAAUGGCCUACCUGAUACUCAAGCCAAGUUCCAUAUUAUGUUUUUAUUCUUUGCUGCAGCUAUGUUUUCUGUCAGCUUGUCUUCUCUGUUUGGCUAUCAUUGUUGGCUAGUCAGCAAAAAUAAAUCUACAUUAGAGGCAUUUAGAAGUCCAGUCUUUCGACAUGGAACAGAUAAGAACGGAUUCAGCUUGGGUUUCGGUAAAAAUAUGCGACAGGUUUUUGGUGAUGAGAAGAGGUACUGGUUGCUCCCCGUUUUUUCAAGUCUAGGUGAUGGCUGCUCCUUUCCAACUUGCCUUGUUAACCAGGAUCCCGAACAACCAUCUACUCCUGCAGGAUUGAAUUCAACAUCCAAAAAUUCUGAAAACCAUCAAUUUCCUGCCAAGCCAUUGAGAGAGUCCCAGAGCCACCUUCUUACUGAUUCUCAGUCUUGGAGCGAGAUCAGCACAAACCCGGGAAAAGGCAAAACUGGUAUGAGCAAUCCUGCACUGACCAUGGAGAAUGAGACCUAACUCUUCUAAUAAAAUUCACUCAGACUUUAUGAAAGUAUCAAUACUGUCAAUGGAUGGAAGAGGCUUCCCACACGAAGGCACCAUUAGCCAGUUUUUCCCAUUUCCCUCUGGCUGGAUAUACAGAAUAUGAAUUGAUUAGUUCUCUCCAAGCCGUUGCUUAAAGCAUAACACAUUUUUAACCCAGUAUACAGUUUGUUUCAACUAACACAAAUUCCUGUUAAAUACUAAAAGUGGUUAUGGUUGAUGAAUCAAGGACAAAAAUAUCUUCUAUCAUAAAAACCUGAAAUAAAUUCAUGGGCCAGUUUUCACCCAAAUAUUUGGGUAGCACAGUUUAUUACAUAAAAAGCCCAUUUGAUCCUCUGAUUUUCUGUUCAUAAAAUUGAAAGUAUUAAGAUACUGAGAUUUAAAGGAAUUCAAGUCACAUUGUAAUAAUCAGCUUUAUUCAUAAAACCUAGUAGUUACCUGUGAGAAGGGGGAGGUAGUAAAUGGGACUAGUUUACUCCCUCCAGUGUGAAUCCAGCCUCAGACUGCGUGGACUGUAAAAACUAUGAAUUUAUUACAGAUUUCAAAUGGCCUGCAGUUGAAGAUGACCAUCAAUUUUUUUGCCGGACUUUAAUCUAAUUCUAGCCUUUGUUCCCUGCUGGAAAAGAAGUGUGAUCAUUGAAGCUGGAGCUCAGCUGGCUAGAAAAUCUUUGUCAGAACGAGUGCAUUUCCAUUACAUCAGAAAUGUAUUUUCAUCUCUUUUAAUUAUCUGAAAAUUGGGGGAAAGUCUACAAUCCCAAUUCUGAAGAUUGGUUUAUGUUAUUCUUUUGCUGGCUUGGCUUUUGAAAAUCUCUUUUUAGGUUAUUUCUCCUAUUGAACAUAGAAAAAAUAUUGAAUUUCUGUUAAGAAUUCUUCAUGGACCAAUAGAUGAAUCCUCCAUUGAUACCUGUUUUAUUUCUGUGUCCUCUCAUCAAAAGUUUGACAGUUUAACUACAUAGGUCCUCAAAAACCGGCUACGAUUAAAUUAUGUAAAUCAUCAAAAAUCACAUUUUGAAAUAUUAGUUCAGCGUGAACUAAACAGUGGCUUGCUGUUUGGAAACUGAGUUUAAGGUAAACUAAAGUGGUGUGUUUGUUGAUGCCAAAAUGUUCGGCUUCAGUAAAUACACCAAGAAGCUCUUGUGCCUUGUAUGCACUAUUAAAAAAAAGUUUUAUUUUAUUCUUUUUAAUUUGAUGGAGUGCAAGUUUUGUAAAUGUUAGCAAUUAGAAUAUGCUGUAUACAUUUUUUUGGUACUGAUUUUGAGAAUUUAAAGCAGAUUACCUUUUAAGACUACACAGCUAAGGAACUGGUAUUUAAUCAGAGAAAACGGUAUUAAAGUUUUCAAAAUCUGACUUAGACAAACUGAACACAAACUAGACUAGAAGAUGAGAGGAUAAUGGAGUAAAAGAUCCUUGCAAUUAUUCACGCUUGCUAAAAAUACAAAGUUUUAUAUUAAAUGACUUUAUGAAAGAACCAAUGUCAGCCCGGUCCAUUUUAUGUCAUUUCAGUGCAGUUCUUUGAACAAUAGGAUGGUGGUCUUUUUCAGAUUUUUUUUUUAAGCUAAAGCUUUUGAUCUGAGAGUCUACUUCAAGAAAUCUCAGAAGGUAUGAUACAUUUUUACUUUCUAUCUUAAAGUAUUUUUGGUCAUCAUUUUUCAUUACCUGAAGUGCCAGGUUGGAACCUGUAGCUGCUGCUUGAAGUCUUAAGGGCAACAGCAUAAUGUAAUGUAUUAAAAAUUAUAUGCAGCCAGGUUUCCUCAAAGCACAGUACUAGAGCUGUCCUUACUGACAGGUGUCCCCUCCUGUCAAACUAGAAGCUAGGGGAAGAGUGGGCUUUUGAUUCUUCACUUUGCUAGAGUGCUGUUAACCACCCCUCUUUAGCUUUUUCAUGUAAUUAUUGAAACACAUAAAUCAAUACACAUUAGAAUCAGAUUUGAAAACAUAUUUUAAAAUAAAAUGUUUUUCAUUAAAUUGUAAUGGUCCCCUUUUUGGUUUCAUACAAUGACAAAUCUUUAAGGGUUUUUUGUUUUGUUUUUAAUUUUAGGGGAUUAUAAUUUUUGGAGAUGAUGGCACUGAUCACUAGAUAUGCAGGAUACAUUUUACUGGAGUGAAUAAAGCAUCAAAUAAACCUGCA